AUGGCGGCGGCUCCGGUAGCGGCGGCCGCUCCUGCGGGCCCGCGCCGUUACUCGCUCUUGGCCAUCGUGGGGGGCGGCUGCCACCGGCCGGGGCUGCUGGCGGCCGCGCUGCAGCAGCUGGAGCGAGGGAUCCGCUCCUGGGACAUCGACCUCUCCUCCUGCAACCUGGACGAGCAGCUGAAGCUCUUCGUGUCCCGGCACUCGGCCACGUUCUCCAGCAUCGUGAAAGGUCAGCGGACCCUCCACCACCGCGGGGAUGUGCUGGAGACCCUGGUGCUGCUCAACCCCUCUGACAAGUCCCUGUGUGAUGAGCUGCGGAAUCUCAUCACGGAUGUGUCCCAGCACAAGCUGCUGGUGUUUGCGGGGCCCUGCGUGGAGGACACGGGGGAGCUGAUGCUGCAGACAGGCUGCUUCUCCCUGCGGGACUUCAUCCAGAUCUUCACGGACAAGGAGGUUGGGGAGAUCCUGAGCUCUGCAGACCCCUCCACCAAGGCCAGGUUGACCAUCAGCUGCCCUGACUUUGGGGAAUGGAAGGACUCAGGCUUGGACCAUCACAACCUCCAGGACUUCAUCGAGCUGCGUUACAACCCGGGUUGCAUCCUACCGGAGAUGGAGGGGCUGGAGGAGUUCAUGGAAUACCUCUCGGAGUCACUGGAGCCCCAGUCCCCCUUUGACCUCCUGGAGCCCCCCACCACGGUGGGCUUCCUCAAGCUCUCCAAGCCCUGCUGCUAUAUCUUCCCUGGUGGGAGAGGGGACUCUGCUUUCUUUGCUGUCAACGGCUUCAACGUUCUGGUCAACGGAGGCUCUAACCCCAAAUCAUCCUUCUGGAAGCUGGUGCGGCACCUGGACCGCAUCGACUCCAUCCUGGUGACGCACGCAGGCACCGACAGCCUGCCCGGUGUCAACAGCCUCCUGCAGAGGAAACUGGCAGAGCUGGAGGAGGAUCCAUCCCAGGGCUCGCAGGGCAACGGGGACUGGGCCAAGAACCUCAUCUCCCCGGAGCUGGGCGUUGUGUUCCUCAACGCCUCCGAGAAGCUGAAGGACAUCGAGGGCAACUCCCGGGUGCUGAAGAGCUGCGAUGAGGCUGCCCUGACCCUGCACUACCUGGAGAAGCUGGGCAUCCGUCCCAACCUGCUGGCGCGGGACAGCGGGCCCCGUGCAGAGCCCACCGUGCUCUUCCAGAAGAUGGGAGUGGGCCGCUUGGACAUGUACGUCCUGAACCCCGUCAAGGGCACCAAGGAGCUGGAGUUUCUCCUGCAGCAAUGGUCCGGUAACGGCUACCCCAAAGAGCAGGACCUGCCCCUGCAGUGCUUGACCUCGGUGUGCGCCCUGCUUGUCUGGCACCCCGUCAGCCCAUCCGAGAAGAUCAUCCGGGUCCUGUUCCCUGGCUGCACCCCCCAGGGCCGCAUCCUGGAGGGGCUGGAGAAGGUGAAGCACUUGGAGUUCCUCAAGCACCCUGUGGUCACCAAGAAUGACCUGAAGGGGCCGGUGGCUUCCCAAGCGGAGAAGCCGCUCAAGCAGAGGAGGGCAGAGAGCAAGGAGAGCCUCAAGUCUGCUUCCAAGCUCAGUUUGGUGGAUGCUGGGGCGCCGGUGCCAAAGGAGAAGACUCCAAAGGUGGAGAAGAAGGAGGUGAAGGCAGUGACCAAGGAGAAGCCAAAAUCCCUGGGGGAGACGGCCAGGGCAGGGUCAGAAGAGGAGAGAGCCAAGGAUGCUCGAGCCAAGCUGGACUCUUCAGUGGAGAAGCUGAAGGCGGACGCAAAGCUGAAGGUGAGCAAGGAGAAAGCGGUACCCAAGAAGGAGCCUGUCCCCCGGAAAGAGGAGAAGAAGCCGCAGAGGAAGGAUGAGGGGAACGAGGUGAAGGCGGAGGCCAAGAAGGAGGUGAAGGCGGUGAAGAAGGAGGUGAAGGCUGAGACGCUGCGGAAGGAUGCGAAGGAACCCAAGGUAGAGGCCAAGGCUCCUGCCAAGACCCCAGCACGGAAAACACCGAUCCCAGAGGCCCGCAAACCCCUGGCCAAGGCUGGGAGCAUCAAAAAGCCCCUGGUCAAGAAGGAGCCUGAGAAGCCCAAGGCCAAGGCGCCACAAAGGGAUGCAGGGAGCAGGAAGGAGCCGGGGACAUCGGACUGCUCCAAAUCCUCCUCUCCUGAGGACAUGGGGCCCGAGGCCACACCAGGGGCCGGCAGGAGGAAGGAGGAACCCACUGAGGGUGAGCUGGAGCCCCUGCCGCUGGAGAACGGAGCGGGCAGGGGGCCGGGGGGGGACUCCUCCUGCCUGGAGAACGGCCUGGAGGACCCCGACAGCCCCCAGCGCUUCCGCUAUGCAGAGAACAGCCCUUUGCGAGCCGUCUGCCCCCCGUCCCCCCUGGCCAAGACCCCCAAGAGUGACCGCAGCGUCAACUUCGACCUCACACCCACCGGGAUGCUCAACCACGGCCCUGAGGGUGCCGAGGAUCCCUGCGGCAGCUCCGAGGAGAAGACCUUGGAGAUGAUGUCCCCGGCCAGCUCGGGGCUGGCCAGUGCUGGUCACACUCCCUUCCAUCAGUCCCCGGUGGAUGAUGGUGCAGAGGAGCCAGGCACUGGCACCAACCGGCAGCCAAACCCAUGGCCUCCGAGCGGGGGCAAAGCACCGCAGGAUGGCUCCGGCUCCGCCGGCUGCCUCUCCCUCAGCCCCUUCAAGGAUGAUGUCCCCGAUGUGUCCCCCACCAUCACCACCCCAUCCCUGCCGGCCGAGGUGGGCUCCCCGCACUCCACUGAGGUGGAUGAGUCGCUCUCGGUCUCCUUCGAGCAAGUGCUGCCCCCCGUUAGUGAGUCCCCCCCGGAUGAGGGCAGGCGGUCCCGGGGGGGUGCCGGGGGCACACCGGAGCCGGAUGCCACCACCAAGGGUGGGUUAUCACUGCCGCUGCGGCCGUGCCACCACCCACCGUGGGCUGAUGGCGAUGGGGGGCCGCGGCCCGGCCGCCGCUCUGACUCACCCCACGACGUGGACCUGUGCCUGGUGUCACCCUGCGAGUUCGAGCACCCCAAGUCGGAGCGGUCACCCUCGGCCGCCGCCAGCCCCCGGGAGCUGUCGGACAGUGACCCCUCACAGGAGCUGCUGCAGCACCGCAGCCGGGGCGAGACCCCCCCGACCUCCGUCAGCGAGUCACUGCCGACCCUCUCGGACUCCGACCUCCCUCCGGCCGCCGAGGACUGUCCCUCCAUCCUGGCCGAUGGGCUGGAGUCGGACGAGGACUCGGAGCAGCCCCAUCGUGGCACAGUCAGGGCCCGUGACCCACUGCCGGCCCCAAUGAAGGAUCCCUGCCCCAUCCCUGCCCAGCCCGGUAUCUGCAUGGUGGACCCCGAGGCGCUGCCAGCCGAGCAGAGCCGCGCUGGGAAGAAGGACCCACCCGGUAAGGUGAAGAGGACCCUGUCCCGAGCGGGCUCAGCACCCACUGCCCCAAGGGCUGAACCCCCCCGGCACCCCAGCUCGACCCCCAAGCCCAGGACCCCCGCCAGUGCUGCCCGUGACAGCGGGGACAAAGCCAAGCUGCUCCUUGGGGACAAGAAGGGGCUUUCCAGUGGGGACACCCGCACCACGGGGACCACUCGCAGCGCUGGAGCCCGAGCUGGCCAGGCUUCACUCGCAGGCACACAGGCUGCAGCCCCCCCGAGCCCCCCUGUCUACGUGGACCUGGCUUACCUGCCCGGCUCCUGGAGCGCCCGCACUGUGGAUGAGGAGUUCUUCCGGCGUGUCCGGUCCCUCUGCUACGUGGUCAGUGGUGAUGACCACCUGAAGGAGGGGGUCCUGCGGUCCCUGCUCGAUGCCCUGCUCACCGGCAAGCACCAGUGGGGCACUGACAUUCAGGUGACCUUGAUCCCAACCUUUGACUCGCUGGUGAUGCACGAGUGGUACCAGGAGACCCACGACCGGCAGCAGGAGCUGGGCAUCACGGUGCUGGGCAGCAACAGCACCGUGGCCAUGCAGGAUGAGACCUUCCCUGCCUGCAAGGUGGAGUUCUGAGGGGUUUUGGGGUGGGGGGGGGCACAACAGCGUGGGCUUCAUCCUCAUCCUCUUCCUCCUCUGUGAGCCUCCCCCAGCCCCCAUCCACACCCAGUGUCUUGGGGCUGCAUCAGCCCUUGCCCACUGCGGCUCAGAUGGGAGGGAGAUGGGAUCGUUUUGCCCCCCCCCGGACUGUGAGGGGCUCCCCCCAGCCCACAGCACUCACAUGCUGCACCCUCCCAUGCCACGUGGAUCCUGCAUGCCCACGCCAGAGCCAUGCACUCCUCACUCUGCACCCACUGCCAUCCUUCAGGGCGGUGGGGGGGGCUG